CAUUAGCUGGGGGGCCAGCCAUGUUGAACCUUGUAUAAAUGUUGUUUUCGAGUGGAAUUAUUUUCCACGUGGGUUUCAUUUGUUAAGUCAGUUAUUUGGACUGCUACGUUGCAGCGGAAAUUCUUAGUUCCUAAAUAAUGUUAUCACCACCCUUUAGCUGUAAAGGAACUCUGGAAGAAAUCUAUGAUAUUAAUAGAAUAAUUUUAUGGAUUAAAGAGCUGGAUAUUAAAAAAAUCGCUUUACAAUUCCCUGAUGAACUGCUAAACGAUGCUCCCGAUGUCGCACUUAAAAUAGAAUUGGCUUCCAAGAUUGAAGUUCAUAUUCUAGGUGAUACUACAUAUGGAAGUUGUUGUGCUGAUGUCCAUGCUGCUACAUAUAUUGGUGCAGAGGCUUUGGUACAUUUCGGCUCAGCAUGUUUGGCUCGGCAUGAAACAUUUCCUGUGCUUUAUAUUUUUGAAAGAAUCAAUGUCGAAGCAAAACCAUUUUUAGAUGAGUUGACUACAACUCUUUCAGAACAUGAUCAUUUUAUAAUAGCUUCUGAUCUGAGAUAUUGUCAUUCUGCAGAAAGAAUAGUGGUUGAACUGCUGACACUAAAAAAAACUGUGUUGUAUCUUGAACCCAACCUGUUUUCAUUGCAUCCAUCGCCAGAUCAUUUAACAGUGUCCGGACGCACAUGUCAAAAACCGUUGCCACACGACACUCCACUUGAAAAUUUCAUCGUGGUAUACAUUGGUGAAGAGGGAUUAACAUUAACUAAUCUAAUGUUCACUCUUAACCAAUGUACUUUCUACACCUAUAACCCAAAUAGUUGCUCUUUGAAAAAAGAAUGUCUUAAUGUCAAUCAGCAACUGCGGAGACGCUACUUCUUAACAGAGAAAGCUAAGGAUGCCCAAUUAGUUGGUAUCCUUGUGGCUACGUUGGGUGUGGCUGAUCAUCUGAAAAUAAUUGAACACAUAAAAUCCCUCGCCAAAAGCGCAGGCAAAAGGUGUUAUACGUUUGUUGUGGGAAAGCUGAAUCCAAAUAAGCUAGCCAAUUUUCCGGAAAUCGAUGUCUUUGUAGUAGUUGCUUGUCCGGAGAAUUCCCUGCUAAAUAACGAAGAAUUCUAUCGACCAGUCAUUACACCGUAUGAAUUUGAGAUUGCCGUGAACAGUUCGCGCACUUGGACGGGCGAUUACGUAACAGAUUUUAGACAAAUUCUGCCAGAUGCGGCUGGGUACGUCCCGCUUACAGCUUUAAGCCAAGAACAAGAGGCAGAUGUUUCCCUUGUUUCUGGACAAAUGCGGCACGUAGCGUUGGAAGGCCUUGAUGACGAUUCCAGUGCAAGCUGUGAUCAGAUUUCACAUAGGAAUCCGAAUCUAAGCGUACUUCCUGUGGGUAGUGACUUCCUUAAGCAACGCGGUUGGAGUGGGCUUGAACCUCACGUUGGCGAAACCCCUGUCAGGAUUGCACAUUCAGGAAGAAGAGGAUUGGCAGCUGGUUACAGUGGUGAAGGCGAAACCGAAUCAAGAGAAGAAAAUGUGUUUGAAAAACUCGGUGAACCAUAAUUCAAAUCCUCAGGUAACAUGUGAGGAUUGUACAAAUUUGCCUACUUGGAUGUUUCAAAUUUGGCAUAUAUUCUUCUUGCUAAAAUGCAGCCAUGGGAAUUGUAGGGAAUUAUCAUGCCAUUCCGUGUCGUCAUAAUAGAGUAAUGAAGACAACUGAA